AUGGCCGCGCUUGCGCUGCCGCUGCUGCUGCUGCUGCUGCUGCUGCUGGGGAGCCCCGGGAGCGCCCCCAAAAGCGGCCGGAACUGCCCCAAAAGCGGCGGGAACCCCCCAGGGACCUGCCCCGAAAUUCCCCAAAAUUGCCCCAAAAUCCCCCCCGGGGCUGAGCCCGAAAUUCCCCAAAAUUGCCCCGGAAACUCCCGAAACUGCCCCGGAAAUUCCGAAAAUUGCCCCGAAAUUCUUCAAAAUUGCCCCGAAAAUUCUCGAAAUUGCCCCAGAAGCGACCCCGGGAUUGAGGCCGGGACCGCCGCAGGGACCGACCCCAAAAAUGCCGAAAAUUGCCCCGAAAAUGCCGAAAAUUGCCCCGAAAAUGCCGAAAAUUGCCCCGAAAAUGAACCCGGGAGCGACCCUGAGGAUGGGCUCCUGGUUCUCACGGUGGCCACAGAGGUGACCGAUGGCUACCGGCGCUUCCUGCGCUCCGCCCACGCCUUCAACUACAGCGUGAAGACGCUGGGGCUGGGCCGGCGCUGGCGGGGCGGGGACAUCGCGCGCAGCCCCGGGGGGGGGCAGAAGGUUCGGUGGCUCCGGGCGGCGCUGGAGCCGCUGCGGGGGAGGGGCGGCCUCGUCGUGCUCUUCGUCGACAGCUACGACGUGGUGUUGGCGGGCCCGCCGCGGGAGCUGCUGGCCAAGUUCCGCGCCGCCGCCGGCGCCGUUGUCUUCGCCGCCGAGCGCUUCUGCUGGCCCCGCGAGGAGCUGGCGCCGCUCUACCCGCCCUGCCCGCCCGGGGAACCCUUCCUCAACUCGGGGGGGUUCGUGGGUUACGCCCCGGCCCUGUGGGCUCUGGUGGAGCGCUGGCGCUUCCGGGACGACGACGACGAUCAAUUGUUUUAUACCCAAUUGUACCUGAAUAGGGAGCUCAGGGAGCAGCUGGGCCUGGCCCUGGAUCACCAUUCCAGAAUCUUCCAGAACCUCAACGGGGCCCUGGACGAGGUCCGGAUUCGCUUCGAGCCCGGCGGGAACCGAGUGAGGAACGAGCUGAGCGGGAGCUGGCCCGUGGUGAUCCACGGGAACGGGCCCACCAAGGUCGCCCUGAACUCUCUGGGCAAUUACGUCCCCCUGGGCUGGAGCCCUCGGGGCUGCGGCGACUGCGAGAGGGACCUGAGACCCCUGGGGGGGACCCCGGCCGAGGCCCUGCCCUGGGUGCUCAUCGGGGUCUUCGUGGCCGAGCCCACCCCGUUCCUGCCCCAAUUCCUGCGGCGCCUGCGCGGCCUGAGGUACCCCCGGGAGCGAAUGGGGCUGUUCCUGCACAACGCCGUCCCAGGCCACGCCCCCCUGCUGGACUCGCUCUGGCCCCGCCUUCAGCGCCGCUUCAGCUCCGCCCACCGCGAGGGGGAGGGGCUGGGGGGAGGGGCGGCCCGAGAGCUCGGCAUGUCGCUGUGCCGGCGGGACCCACGCUGUGAGCUCUACCUGAGCCUGGACAGCGACGUGACCCUGAGUGACCCCGGCGUGCUGAGAGCGCUGAUCGAGCAAAACAGGCAGGUGCUGGCGCCGCUCCUGGCCCGGCCCGGGCACCUCUGGUCCAACUUCUGGGGGGCCCUGAGCCCCGAGGGCUUCUACGCCCGGGCGCCCGACUACCUGGAGAUCCUGCACGGGAACCGCAGGGGCGUGUGGAACGUCCCCUACGUCAGCCGCGCCUACCUGGUGGGCGGGGCCGCGCUGCGGGGGCCGCUGGGGGAGGGGCCUGUGUUCGACCACGCCCACCUGGACCCCGACAUGGCGUUCUGCGCCCGCGCCCGCGAGAAGGGGCUGUUCCUGCACGUCACCAACCGGCGCCACUCCGGGCACCUCCUGGUGACCAACGGCUACAACGGCACCGGGCGGAGGCACCCGGAGCUCUGGGAGCGGCCCCGGAACCCCUGGGACUGGGACCAGCUGUACCUGCACCCCAACUACAGCCGGGUCCUGCGGGAGAACCUGUUCCAGGAGCCCUGCCCUGACGUGUUCCAGUUCCCGCUCUUCUCGGCGCAGUUCGGGCAGGAGCUGCGGGAGGAGGCGGAGCUUCGAGGGGGGUGGGCGGAGCAUCACGAGGUGCUCUCGUGGGCGGUGCCGCUCUCCUCCCUGCACCUGGACCUGGUCCUGCAGGGGGCGCUGCGGGAGCUCCUCCCCCCCAUCGCCCGCCGGCUCUUCCCGGGAUACGCCCCCAAGGGCCGCACCGUGCUGAGCUCCGUGGUUCGCUACGACCCCGCCCCUUCCGGCCACGCCUCUUCCGGCCCCGCCCCCUCGGCCCCGCCCCGGCCCUCGGCCACGAUCAGCCUGAGCGUCAGCCUGAGCCCCGCCCACGGCGGCGGCUGGCUGUUCCCCCGUUACGGCUGCGUGGCCCCCGCGCCCCCCCCGGGCUGGGCCCUGCUGCACCCGGGGCGCCUGACACACCUGGGCCAAGGUGUGCCCCCCACGGGGACGGCCAGGUACGGGCUGGCGCUGCUGAUGGAUCCCUGAGCGGGCACACCUGGGCACACCUGGGCACACCUGGGGACACCUGGGCACACCUGGGGACACCUGGGGACAUCGUCGGGGACAUCGAGGGACAUGGCGCACCCACCCCUGCAGAGUCCUCAUGGACCCCUGAGUGUCCCCAAACGGGCCAUGAGGACAUUUGGGGACGUUUGGGGACAUUUGGGGACAUUUGGAACUCAGCGCCUCGUGGACCCCGAUUGGGGACAUUGGGGACAUUUGGGGACACCGGGGUCCCACCCCUGGACCCCGCUAUGGCCUGGCCUAGGUCAUGGACCCCAGUUGGGGACAUUUGGGGACAAUCAGGGUCCCACCGCCACAAUGGCCUCGUGCUCCUUAUGGACCCUUCAAUGGGGACAAUUUGGGGACAAUUUGGGGACAUCGGGGUCCCCCCGGACCCUGCUGACCCUGCUGACGGCCUCGUGACCUUCAUGACCUUUGACUGGGGACAUUUGGGGACCCCAAAUUGGGAUUUGGGGACCCCCCCCCAGGACCCCAAAACCGAGGGGACCCCAAAAUUGGGGGAUUUGGGGACAUUGGGGACCCCGAUGACGUCA